AUUAACCUUCAGAGUGGAGAGGAGAACAUCAGAGCCAGAGAGUGACAAAGAGAGGGAGUGGCAAAGAGAAUUAGUUAGAAAGAGUGAAACACUAAAGCAAACCUGUCCACAACAGAGGGAAAGAGAGAGAAAGAGACUCAGCUGCUUGAUUCCUGUAGUUAUCUGUUAGUGAUGUUUAUGACUAUAAAAACAUGUGAGCAGCCAAAGGGCCUCAAGCAGCACCUGAUCCAGAAGCUGCUGUACUGCACAGGAGAAAUGGAGCACUUUCACGCAUACAUGCAGGAUCAGGCUUUCCUUAUGCAGCUGCUGGAGUGGUUAUUGCGAGGUGUCUCUGGUGUGAUCAUGGUGAAUAACCCUUUGAGUGGAGCUCUGAUUGUUAUUGCUCUGUCAAUUGCCAGUCCCUGGCAGGUCCUGCUGGGAAGCCUGGGACUCCUCUCCUCCACAGUCAUGGCAAUCCUCAUUGGCCAGGAACAAGCAGAGAUUUCCAGGGGUGAACACGGUUAUAAUGGGAUGCUGGUGGCCUUAUUGAUCGGUGUGUUCAGCAAUGCAGGAGACUGGUACUGGUGGCUACUGCUGCCUGCAUGUCUCGCUGGAGCCACAACUACAUUUCUACACAGUGGCAUGGCUGCUGUGUUGGACAGAUGGGAUGUGCCUGUAAGUGUGUUCCCCUUCAACACUGUCCUGCUGCUGUAUUUGGCCUGCACCGGUAUUGAAAACCCAUACUACCCCAACCAUCCAGCCCUGCCACAGGUGGCAACACUGAUCAUCAACAGCACACACCUCGACAUACCUCAGCUUGUGCAGGGUGCAGUGUUGGGAGUGGGGCAGAUCUAUGCUUGUGAUGCACUGGGGUCGUCUCUAAUCAUUCUAGCAGCUGUGCUGCUAUACUCUCCAGUCCAGGCUUUUCACGCACUGCUGGGAUCAAGUCUCGGGGUACUGGCAGGCCUUUCUGUUGCAGUGCAGCAGGAUGUUUUAUACACAGGGCUGGCCGGUUUUAAUGGCUCUCUGGGCUGCAUGGCUGUUGGAGGGCUUUUAUUCACAUUAAGCUGGAGAACGCAUGUUUUCUCCAUUAUUUGUGCCUUCCUCUCUUCCUAUGCAAACAUCGCCUUGAGCAAUCUGCUGGCAAAUGUGGGUCUCCCUGCCAGCAGCUGGGCCGCCACACUAACUGUCAGUCUUAUGCUGUUAGUGAGUGGGCGGAGCCUCUCCACUUACCGCAUCGCCAUUGGCCGAGACAGCUCACUUGGAAACCCCUUACAUACUCCCAGCCAAUGUGCUGAGGCUAACACAGACAGUAGUUCUGUGUGACGCACACACUCUCACACACACACACACACACACACACACACAUACACAUACACACACACACACAUACACACACACACACACACAUAUAUACACACUCUCACAAUGAACAAUGUUUAUUAAUGGUAUCCGGUCCACAAAUUUUCUCAACUAAUUAUGUGUCAUCGCUCUCAUCCUGAAAUGUCUGAUGAAUGCAUCCCACAGGGAGUAAACUUGCUUUGCAAUAAAAAGCGCUUCUUAACAUAGAAACGUGUGUGGGUAGCCUGAUUCAACUCAUCAACUUUGCUGUUGCUAACACUGUUAGGAAAUAUGAUUAGGAUAGACUGAGUUUAUGGUUCUCUGCUCUCUGCAUGACAUCCCACUCUCAUCCUCCCACUUGCACUGAGCUUUUACAGCCUGAUGCACUGUCAACACUGAUCUUCAGAUUGAAUUUGUGCAGGUCAUCACAGGUCAAGGCAGGAGAGGCAUCUCAACUGAAUGGAUAGAAUGUUUGAAAGUUGGUUGAAGCUGAAACGUGUCUAAACCAAUGAGUGGCAAUAUCAAAAUGCAGAUGGAUCAGUAACAUUUCUACCGUUCUUCUAGUUAGUAUGCAGUUGUAGAAAUUUAAACAAUGUCUGGAGGAAAAGUAAACAUUCCUCAUUAACAAUAGAGCCAGUGUAAUGUUCGACAGGUUGGAGCAGACAGUGUGUGGGUUUGAGGCCUCACUUGACUUGCAAAAAAAGGAUACAGUUGUACAAUAAAAAAGUAAGCAGUUAAGCUUGCUAAGAAACAUUUAUGAAAUUUAUGAUCUGCAAAUGUCAAGAUGUGUAGCAUCUAUACUACAUCACUAUACUACAUGUUUAAACUUAAGGCACAUUGGCCAAAUACAGGUCUCUGCCUCAUUUCUUUCAGCCCAUGAGAAUAUGCAAAAAGUAAUAGUGAAACAGCCCACAGCCCUCAACAGUCUCAUAUAACUAGAAUUCACAUUCUAAACAACACACACUCUUUUGGGUCUCUUUUCCAUAGUUAAGAGGCAAAAACUGAUGAGUGAAGUACACGUCAUACAAAGUGAUAUCACAGUGAAAACUGAGUGACAUCUCUCCGCAUUUCUUUACUGUCUGCUUUUCUGUUUUUUACUCAUCACCUAAUAGUGCAUACAGUUGAAUAGUUUAUGUUAGCUCUUCUGUUU